UCCCUCUAUCCUCGUCCUCCUGUGCCGCCGCCAACCACGGUCCCUUAAGACAACCGAAAAUGAAAGUCUUCGUCAUCGCCGUCGUCCUCACCGCCGUGCUCGGGGCUCCUCGACCUCAGCAACAGCAGGCAACAGCGCCCGUUUAUCCGAUCAUCCCGUACUCGUACCAGUACGAGACCAGCGACGCCGCCACCGGCAACUUCCACAACAAGGCCGAGAUCAAGACGGCCCUCGGCCACGUGUUCGGCUCCUGGUCCGUCCUCAUGCCCGACGGCUACAUCCACACCACUUCCUACAACGUCACCGGAAACAGCGGCUUCCUUCCGGUCAUCGUGAAGACGCUCCCUCAAGCCUCUGGCGGCGUGGCCUCAGCAGCCGCCGCUGGAGGCUCUUCGGCCUAAAUCCAGGUUGUCUUGCCGACCCUUGGCCUUCGUGGCGACCCGCGUCUUA